UGGUUUUAUACAGAAAAAAGUGAUAAUUUAUGUGGGUUUCCUUCCUUGCUGCUUUGAUGAAGUUAUUUCAGUUUUUAGGUUCUCCAAAUCUUAUUUGCAGGAAGGAUUUUGUUUCCUAUUUGUUCUUAUUCCCUCAAUUUCUUUUUCUUGUCUUAUGGCUAUAGAUAGAAUUUCUAGCUGUAUGUCAAAUAAUAGUAGUGAUUGAAGACAUUCUUGCUUUCCCUUGAUGUUUUAAAAGCUUUAAAUACUUCUUUUUUGCAUAUAAGGUUUAUCCUUGUUUUUAGAUAGAUAAUAUUUGCAAUGUUAAGUAGUAUUUAUCAACUCUUAAGAUCUUUAUUCCCAGUUCUCACAUAAUGAAGUCAGAUCACAAUUAGUUUAGUUUUCAUUUUCCAUGUAGAUUUUAAAAUUUUAAUUUUAUUAUGGUUAUCUAAUUGUAAUUUCAUUGCAUACAUACAGAAUGUGUGCAGUUUACCAUUUUGAAUAUAUAUAGGGAUUUCCUAUGUCCCAGUAUGUGAUAUAUUUUAUUAUAUACCUGAAAAAAAGUCCAUUCUUUGCUUUUUCCAUUUAGUUCUCUGUAUAUUGGUAUUCUAGAUUAUAAGGGAAGCCCUUUAAAUAUCUUUUUUAUUGUUAAUAUUUCGUAUCAUUUGUCACAUUCUGAUAGUAUUACCAAUUUUUAAAUAUUUGUGAUAUUGUUAUUUAUGAAUUCAACUCUCAAGUUCUGUGUAUGCAAAUUAUGAAUAAUUUCAUAAUUUGUAUUUUUCUUGGUCCACAUUGGUUCAGUGAAUUAAGGUUUAAACCACUAAUAUAAUCAUCCAGUUGGUUAAGAUAUAAAAGCUGAUCCCACAGGGUAGUUAGGGCAAUUAGAAUGAAUCAACCACAUGUUCUACACAUGUGCAAGUCAGCACAUUCUUCUUAUACAAUAUGCCUCAUAAGUAACUUGGCAGUGGGAACAAUAGGAGAGCUAUGUACAACUGAACCAAUAUUGUGUCCAUACAGACUAUUCUUUCAGUAUACUUGUUAAAUAAACCCUUUUCACUAUGUGUUAUCCUUUCAUUGUAGUCUUGAGUCUAAACUACUGAACAAACCAGAAUUGGAACUAGCUCAGAACAUUUGAUGUAGUUUGUAGGAUUGGUCCAGAAUAAGUUGGAGCCAAAGUGGAAAAAGUAAAAAGAAGAGACCCCCAGCAUAGAGGGACUUGGAACUCUGUGGCGCAUAGGGGAAGUCCUCUCAAUGGGAUUGGUGGUGAACUUUUCUUCAAAACAGAAGAAUGAGAGUAUAUAGAUUAUUUAAGCUUCUUCUCUGGAAAAAUUAUAUCUUAAAGAAGCGCAUGUUUAUAUCAACCCUCUUAGAAAUCUUUUUGCCAUUGCUGUCUGCUGGAAUUUUGAUUGCACUUCGUUUGAGGAGCAAACCAGAAGCUCAGAAUUCUAUAAGAUACCCAACUUUAAUAAUUGAUGAUCUACCCAACAACUACGCUCAAACUUUUCCACCAGAUUUCUUGGAACUAUAUUAUGUCCCUUCUGAAAGUCAACUUGUGAAGAUGCUAGCUAAGAAAGUGGGAAAGUCCUUCGACUUGGGUAUAUUAGUUAAGCCAUUUAUCAAACAAAGUGAGGAAGAUACAAAGAAUGGAUUGACAUUUGCUACAGUUAUAUUUAGUGAUAUCAUUGGAAACAAAACUGAACGCCUGCCACUUAACGUUGACUACCACCUGCGCUUUCCUGUAUAUCAAAAAUUUUUUAUUCCAUCGAUGAAAGGAGAUUGGGGAGAAUUGUUAGAUGGAUGGAAUACACACUUGCUUUUUCCAGUUUAUUCAGGUAUAGGACCCAGACAAGCUGCUCAUGUGGAUGGAGGAUUGCCUGGAUAUUACCGAGAAGGGUUUCUGUCUCUGCAACAUGCUGUCAACAGAGAAAUCAUGCAUUACCAUAUGAAUGACACUGUGAUUCAGCAAUAUAAGAAAAUCCAAAUUGUUAUGAAGAGGUUCCCGUUUCCAUCAUACAUGAAGGACCCAUUCAUUGCAGUCUUAGAGGAACAUUUUUCCAUCUUGUUAAUGCUGAGCUUCCUUUGUACCGCAACCUUCAUCAUCCGUGUCAUUGUUCAGGAAAAAGAAAAAAAACUGAAGGAGUAUAUGCACAUCAUGGGACUUAGAAACUGGUUUCAUUGGAGUUCAUGGUUCUUCAUGUACAUAGUUCUCUUCAUUAUGAUUAUCUCAGUUAUGACCAUACUCUUCUCUUUGAAGAUGAAUUAUGAUGUGUCAGUGCUCACAAACAGUGACCCAGCUUUGGUGUUUUUCUUUCUAUUAUGUUUUGCCAUUGCCACCAUUUCCUUCAGCUUUAUGAUUACUGUGUUCUUCACUAGAGCUAACAUAGCAGUUGCCACAGGAAGUAUUAUCUAUUUCUUCUCCUACCUUCCAUUCUUCUAUAUCAAUAAAAACAUCUACAAUAUGACUCAUUCUAUGAAGAUAAUUUCCUGUCUCUCUUCAAAUGUUGCCAUGGCUUUGGGAGUAAUGUUCAUGAUCCAACUUGAAGGAAAAGGUUCAGGUAUUCAAUGGAAACAUGUGUCAAAGGUAUCCAUGUUUAAGAAAUUCGGCUUUGGGGAGGUGCUGGUAAUGCUGCUAACUGACAGUAUCUUAUAUGGCUUAGUGACCUGGUAUGUGGAAGCUGUCUUUCCAGGACAAUAUGGUAUACCUCAGCCUUGGUACUUCUUCAUUAAGAGCUUAAUAUCAUCCACUUUGGUAAUAUAUCAUUAUUGGAAGAGGAGAUUAUUCAAUCCCUCCUAUUGGUCUGGAAAGCCAAAUAAGACUACAAAGAAAAAAGAGAUAAAUGAUUUUAAUACAUCUCAAAAAAACCGUUAUGUGCAGGAUGAACCUACAGACUUGAUUGCAGGAGUAAGAAUUCAUAAUCUAUGCAAGGAAUUUAAAUCAAAGAAUAUCAUUAAAGUGGGAGUAAAAAACUUGACACUGAACAUCUUUGAGGGGCAGAUCACUGUGCUUCUUGGACAUAAUGGAGCAGGGAAGACUACUACCUUGUCCAUACUGACAGGUCUUGUCCCUGCCACAAGUGGAGAAGUAUAUCUCAGUGGGUAUGAGAUCUCAAAGGACAUAAAUCAGAUCCGGAAAAGCCUGGGCUUUUGUCCACAACAUGACAUUUUGUUUGAUCUCAUGACUGUUGCUGAACACCUUUACUUUUAUGUUCAGCUAAAAGAAUUAGGUGAUAAAAAUUGUUUUGAGGAAAUCAAUUCUGUCUUGAAUAUUCUUAAACUGGAGAAAAAGCGCAAUGUGAUUUCAAAGAACCUGAGUGGAGGAAUGAAGCGCAAGCUCUCCAUUGGCAUCGCACUCAUAGGAGGAUCUAAGGUAGUGAUGCUUGAUGAGCCAACAUCAGGUAUGGAUCCAGUUUCACGGCGAGACAUUUGGGACCUCCUUCAAAAUCAGAAAAGUAACCGCACUAUUCUAUUGACUACCCACUUUAUGGAUGAAGCUGACCUUCUGGGAGACCGUAUUGCCAUCAUGGCAAAGGGGGAACUGCAGUGCUGUGGCUCUUCACUUUUCCUCAAACAAAAAUAUGGUGCAGGAUAUCAUAUUAUCAUGGUGAAGGGCAGUCAUUGUAACAUAAAUGGUAUUGAAAAUCUGAUUUAUACACAUAUACCAAAUGCUUCUUUGGAGAGCAAUAUGGGAGCUGAGUUAUCAUUUAUCCUGCCUAAAGAAAAUGUAAACAGAUUUCAAGCUUUGUUUGAAGAAUUGGAAGAGAGACAAGCAGAGCUGGGCAUCUCUAGUUUUGGGGCUUCUGUCACCACUAUGGAAGAAGUCUUCCUUAGGGUUAGCAAAGAAGUCGAUUCCAGCAUGGAUCUCCAGUCCAUCCAUUUUCCUUCUAUACCAGGCCUGCCCACUCUCAAAUCGAAGAAGCACACAGAUCUCCCUACAGCCUUCAAGAACACCACCUUAAAAAAGUCACACAGCUGGGACUACAGAAUCUCACAGUUGAAGCUUCAUUGCCAGAAAUUCUACGCCAUGUUUAUUAAGAAGGCACUAUUCACUUGGCGCAACAAGAAGAUGAUGUUAGCACAGGCAUUGGUUCCUCUGAUUUGCGUCAUAUUAACUAUACAGCUUUUAAAAAUGAGUAGACAGACAUCGAAAAGACCCAUGUUACGUUUGACUUUGAACCAGUAUGGCCAUACAAUUGUGCCUUUCUUCAUCCCUGCAACUUCGAAGCUACAUCCCAAACUCUCAGAUCAUAUUGCAACUGUUAUUCAAGCUGAGGGACAUAUGCCAAUGGAAAGUGUAGAUCCUAUAGAAGAUUUCCUGAUAUUCAUGGCAACAGAGCAAGCUGAUACCUUCGAUGAAGACUAUCUUGUGGCAAUGUCCUUUCAUGAUGAGGGAGAACGAACAGUCAUCACUGCUCUGUUCAAUAAUCAGGCUUACCAUUCUGCUCCCAUGGCCUUGUCAGUGGCGGAUAAUAUUGUCUACAAGUUGUUUUUUGGCUCCAGAGCUUCCAUUACAGUCACCAAUGACCCUGAACCUCCACGUGUUUCACAUACUAAUUUUGAAAAAUUAUUUCAGGGUCCUAAGGGACAUUUUCUUUCCAUUGCCUUGAUUUUUGGAGUGUCAUUCAUAAUCAGUUCAUUUGCUAUUUUGGCAAUCAGUGAGAGAAUCAUAAGGUCAAAACAUAUCCAGUUUCUCAGUGGAACCUCUGUAGCUCAUUACUGGUUCUCUUUCCUGUUGUGGGAUUUAAUCACCAUCUUCUUUAAUGCUUUGCUAUUAUUGAUAAUCCUAAAAAUCAUGGAUGAAAAGGCUUACAUCGAUACCGAACAAACUGAAGCUACCCUUUUGAUGUUAAUGCUGCAUGGCUGGUGUGCCAUCCCUAGCAUGUACCUGAUGAGCUUCCUCUUUUCUGGUCCUACUUCUGGGUGUGCCAAGCUCAUACUUGUGAACAUUGUUUCAGGCAUUAUUCCAUUCAUCUUUAUCUCUAUCACAGAGGUUAAAGAGCUUGGCCUUCUAAAUUUGAACAAAAAAAUGGAUAAUGUAUUCCAGAUACUACCAAAUUAUAACCUAGCAAAGUCUUUCUCCAAUUUGUAUUAUAACUAUCAAAUCAAAAUGUUGUGUAAAUUUUUGGAAACUGCAGGGCAGAAGUGCCUAAAAUUGAAUACUGUACCUGAAAAUAUCUACUCAUGGAAGCAAUUUGGGAUUGGAAAAUAUUUGACCUCCAUGGUUAUAUCUGGCUUUAUUUUUUUUCUGCUCCUUUUCUUCAUUGAGACCAACUUCUUCUGGAAACUGAAAAUCUCUCUCUAUAAGAUCUUUGAGAGAGAGAAAUUGUCACAGGUGCAAACUGAGACAUCUUUGAUUUUCAAAGACCCAGAUGUGGAAAAUGAAAGAGAAAGAAUCCUGGACUCACUUCAACAGUUGCUGCAGGCCACCCCUUUAAUCGCUAAAGAACUCACAAAGGUAUAUAGCCAAAGGCUGAAAUCUGUCCUUGCUGUGAACAAAAUCUCUUUCACAGUCCAGAGAGGAGAGUGUUUUGGGUUGCUAGGCUUCAAUGGAGCUGGGAAAAGCUCCAUUUUCAAAAUGCUGACUGGGGAAAUCAUCAUCACAUCUGGAGAUGCCUUUAUCAACGGAAAGAGCAUCCACAGUAACCUCAAUGUGCUGCAGGGAGAAGUCAGCUACUGUCCUCAGUUAGACGCCCUGCUGCACCACAUGACAGGACGGGAAAUUCUCACCAUGUAUGCCCGGAUAUGGGGCAUUCCCAUGAGCCAAAUCAAGUGGCACGUGGAAAACGUGAUGCAGAAGCUUCUGCUGAUGAACCAGGCGGACAAACUCAUCAAAAACUACAGUGGUGGCAACAAGCGUAAGCUGAGCACUGGAAUUGCCCUUCUCGGGGAUCCUUUGAUUGUCUUCCUGGAUGAGCCAUCCACUGGGAUGGACCCUGUGGCUCGGCGGAUGCUCUGGAACUCAGUGAUGGAGAUAUGUAAGACUGGCAAGGCCGUCAUCAUUACCUCCCACAGCAUGGAGGAAUGUGAAGCAUUAUGCACCAAGCUGUCCAUCAUGGUGAAUGGAGAGUUCAGAUGUCUGGGCAGCCCACAGCACCUUAAGAGCAAGUACGGGAGUGGCUACACCCUACUGGCCAAGAUUAAAGACUUCACUCCUGAAGAAAAAAAGAUAGCAAUCGAGACAUUCAAAACAUUUGUGAGAGACACCUUUCCAGGCAGUAUCCUGAAGGAUGAGCACCAAGGAAUGGUCAACUACCACUUGCCUAAAGAGAACCUCAAAUGGUCAAAGGUGUUUGGCAUCUUGGAAGAAGUCAAAACUCAAUAUAAAUUGGAUGACUAUUCCAUAAGUCAAGUCUCACUGGAACAAAUCUUCUUGAGCUUUGCCCAUUUACAAAAUGCUGGGAAAGAUGUUUGAAACAAAGAGCAGCCUAUGGUACUUUUAUUUCUUUCCCACUGCCUUCCCUAUCUCAUUGUAUGUCACCAUUUUAUAUAGACAUAGCAAUUGACACUGUAUAUGUGCAUUCCUGCAUAUAAAAAUGAAACCAUGAACUCCCUCGAGGAGGGACUUUACUUUUCA